UCUCUCCAUUGUUACCAGAUAAUAGCGCUUGCUCAUAAUAAAGGAUUGGUGACAAUAAAUGAGCUGGCCAGCCGCGGGAAGAAGACUGUCAUCUGCUGCCAAAAUGAAGCACGUCGUAUUCAUUGUCGUAGCUGUAUUUCUCGGUAUUGUUGGAUGCACGCAUUCACAAGAGAAUUUACCUUCCACCGUCUCUCCUGAACUUCAACAGAUCGCCGGUGUGGUGGAGGACCGAAUCCCGGAUAUUGUAAAGAAAAUAAACAAAUCAGGGCUGUCCGUUGAAGAAGGCACGAAUCGUUUUAGAGAAAGAUGUGUAAAGAACGCCGGACCAGACGCAUAUGAUCUUAUCGAUCGCGCCCAAGUUGAAGCGACACAAUGUAUUCAGAAGCUCAUCAACGUUACCGAACUCUACGCGGAGAUGGAAAAGUACAAGCCGACAGGUGAUCUGGAUAUUGUCUUCAGGGAAUAUUGCAGCAAGCGCCAAGCUAUACGAACUUGCGUGAGCAAUUUCACGAAUACGAUGGCGGUUUGUCUGGACGAGAAGAUGAGAGAGAAUAAGAAAAUAGUGAUGAACAUAACUGACUCGCUUCUCGAGUUUGUCUGCUACAAAGAAGGGGAUCGAAUCGCCCUUUUCAUAUCGGCUGGAGGACCAGAGUGCUUUGAAUCAAAAACGCAAGAAAUUUUAGAUUGUGCCAACAAAACAUUUGGUAAUAACGUAUCAAAAUUGGAUUUUGAUGGUUUUCCUUUGGGAUUUGAGAAUUUCUCGGGUUGGGAGUUUAAUCCUAAAGAAUGCAGGAACGUAAACAAAUUGCAAAGCUGCGUUGUGACAGAAUUAGAAAAAUGUCCGGAUCCUACACCUGCGAAUAUAAUGGAUUCUGUAUUUAAUUUUAUCAAGAGAGUUACGCCGUGUGAGAACAUACUCGCAGAAAGUGCUGCUGCUACUGGUACACAAUCCAGUGCUUCGCAUGUGGGCGCUCUUACAAUUAUAGCAACUCUGUCUACUGUUUUAUCUGUAGCAAGCUAUAGUUUCAUCCCUGUAACGGUAUGAAUACAUACAGGUACAGCUUUAUUCCAAAUAUGUGAAGAUACGAAUAGAGAUAUAUGAAAGUUUACAUGUACCAGUAGUGCUAAAUUUAAUGUAACAAACAAGAACUCACAAUUAUGGACAAGGGUAUUAUACUUUCAAUUUUUGUUCUCUUUUUUCUAUUUUUUUUUACAAAAUAAGAUUUGAAUUUCUUUUUCUCGCAUAGCUAUACUUUCUCUUAUUACAAAAGUAAUACAAAAAUUGUUC